ACAAUUCUUAUUUCUCUUAUUGUCCUAGUUCAAAGUAUGGUCGGAGUAUGGAUCGCUUUUCAUUUCAUUGAUUCGGCUACGAUUUUUUCAAAAGGACUUGGAUAUGUUCACGGUAUUUGGAAUAUCGUUAGAGGAGUAAUGGCUGUGGGAGGACUUGUUGGUGGUAUUAUGCAAAAUCAAAAAUUGGUUAAAUUAUUCUCAGUGGUUGUUAGUGUUAGCGCAUUGGUUUAUUUGGUAUUUGGAACAGCAGUUUCAAUUAUUACUGCCAAAAACAAAGAUAAACUUGUGGAUAUGUGUCUCAAAAAAUUUAGUGAACAAGCACAUGAAGGAAAGUAUUGGAGCCCCCUUGAAAAUUGGUCAAGACCAUUCGAUAAACGACAAGACAAUGGUACAACGAAUGAACAACGAGAAUUAUGUCAGCAAGCUGUAAAGUUUUAUAUUGGAUUUGCUGUUGUGUAUACAGUUGCCGGUUUCUUACUUAUGUUCUAUUUCGCAUCAGUCAUCUCUAAUUACAAUGGAGAACUCAAAAGGAAAGAUAUGUAUAAUAAAGUAAAAGCUCUUGAUAAUACCACUGUUGAACCAGAGAAACCCCCAAGAGGAAUUGCUGUGGAUUUAUAAAUAUUAUGUCAAAACUACUUAUAUUAAUUUAUUUAUUUUAUUUCAUUUUAUAUUAUUUAUUUUACUUUUUUUAUAUAAAUAAUAUUCGAAUAGCUUACAAAAGGAUUUUAAAGUC